GAUUCAUGUAACCAAUCCCUGAAGAAUGAAGCCAGCAAAAAUACUGUGAUUCUUCAGAGGAAAGGUUUCCAUAACAGUGUAACCUUUUAUAUGAUUACGAAGGGAUCCAAAAAUGUCGACCAGUAGCACUCUAAGUAACUAUUAUGUGGACUCUAUAAUGGGGCAUGAAGCAGAGGAUGUGUACAGGCCACGCUUUGUCCAGUCUCCGCACAGUACGACCUCAAUGCCACCAGGUGUUGGGGACAAUGCAGAUUUUUCCUCCUGCAGUUUUGCACCCAAGUCAGCCGUUUUCCCAGGGUCUUGGUCCUCGGUUCACACGCAGUCCACCGCCGCAGUGACAGGGAUUUACCAUCCUUACGUCCAGUCCCACCUCUCCGCAGCAGACAGCAGAUAUGUUCGGUCGUGGAUAGACCCAAUUUCUAACAACGUUUCUUUCUCCGGUUUUCACUAUAACAGCCGACAUUAUGGAACAACUGUAACCAAGCCCGAAAGUUUACCACUGAAAAGGACUGAGAGUGCCACUUUUGAGACAGAGACUCCGGUGGUUGUCCCUGGCCCUGCUUAUGCUUGUGGAUUGUCCGAAUGCCCGAAAAAUGUGGCCAAAGAGAGCGUUGGCAGUGAUACUUCGAAUCACAGCGAGCCUAAAGAAGAGAAACAACAACUUGACCCAAACAACCCUGCAGCAAACUGGAUUCAUGCACGUUCAACAAGGAAGAAGCGAUGUCCAUAUACAAAAUAUCAGACUCUAGAACUGGAAAAAGAAUUCCUUUACAACAUGUAUUUGACACGAGAUCGACGAAACGAAAUGGCUCGAAAUCUCAAUUUAACUGAAAGGCAGGUCAAAAUCUGGUUCCAGAACAGAAGGAUGAAAAUGAAAAAGAUGAACAGAGAGAGAGGCAGUAAGGAUCGCUUAUAGCCCAUGCUAGAGUGGAUGUGUAAUCCCUCGCCUUUUGAUGUACCAUAUUGUUGUAAUUACUUGGAAUAAAACGUUUUUUUUUUUUUUUUGGUUUGAAUCAAAGUUAAUGUUGAGUCUUAAACGAAGUACUCCAGAACUCGAGUAUUUAUGCCCAGUAUGAGCCCAUGGGAAUGUGCUUGCGUAUCGUUUUCUUCGUGGUGUAUUUGAACAAUGUCAUG